CUUCUAAGAGCCACAAGACUAGAAAACGGAAUCGGGUAUGUAAAAGCUUGGAAGGUUUUACGCAUACUUAAGUUCUGUAACACUCCUGAUGUAUCAUGAAAUGGGCAGAUGACCUGAAGAAAGAGGAAGUGUAAAGUCCAGAUGGUAUACUAUGAAGCUUGUCAUUUCUUUUUUAAGUUGGCUCCAUGCUCCACGUGGAACCCAACAUAGGGUUUGAACUCAUGACCCUGAGAUCAAGACUCAAGCUUAGAUCAAGAAUCAGAUGCUUGACCGAUUGAGCCACCCAGGCAUCUCAAGAAGUUAUCAUUUCUGCAUCAAGGCUUCAAUCUCAAUCAAGCAGGGCAGGGGCUCCCAGGAGGCAAACAAGGGAAAAUGCAAAAAUAGCCAAGGGCAGAUCCCCACUGCUGGAGAGACAUUAUCCUCACCCAGAGAGACCAGGUUCCUAUAGUUCUCCAACAUCACAUCCCUGUACAAUUCCUGCUGUGCAGGGUCCAGGCACUCUCACUCCUCGAGAAUUCUGUGGCCACAUCACUAAAGGUCAACCAUCCCUGAAAUGAGAACACAUUUCACCAAGGAGCUGUGGAAAAAGUUCUUAUCUUCACAUAAAAUGAGAAGAAGAGAGAUGUGAAGGAUAGAUUUGGUUGAAGUGGUGUUCUUACAGAUCCACAGAAGAUAUUUCCGAGCAAGUUAAGUGUCCCUAAUUGACUUAUUGUACUUUUUCCAAAAGAGGUUAGGACAGUCUCUAAAUUGUUGUGGAUUUCUCAUUUUUGUAGAUAAUACAAGAAGUACAUACCAACACACACAAGUUCAACACAGUAUUAUCCAUUUAGAAGUGUGAGAUAUUAUGUUCUACACACUCAGUGAUAUUCAACAUCUAGAUGAACUACAAUACAAGUGGUAUCCUCAGAGAUGACAAUACCCAUGGUAGCUUUAAAGAAAGCAUGGAAUCUAAAAAUUGUAAUAACAAUAGUGACAGCAAUGACUAAUGGUUUUUCAACAUGUCCCGUGUACUAGGCAUUACUCUAAAUGCUUUACACAUCCAAGCUGAUAAAACAAAAGAAUAGCUCAUGACAGAAAGAACGGUUCUCAAAUUACUGAAAUUACAAAUUUCACCUGUCUCACAGUUACUCUGAGAAACUAUUCUUGGGUCAGGUAGCUAAGAAGUGGCAGUCAACUUCUGAUCACAGAGGUCUGGGCUUUGAAAUUGAACAUAAGAAUUAAAUACUUAAGUAACAGAUACCAUCUAAAGUGCAUUCAUGGAGGGUUCUCAAACUGAGAAAACUUGAAACAAGUUCAAGGAUAAUAACAAGGAAUUGCCUGGAAGGUCACUAUACACACACACACAAACACAUACACAAACAUAAUGUAUUACUAUUCUUACUAUAAUUUUAAUCACUGAUGUAAUAGUGUAAAAAUAACCUAAAGCCAUAGAAAUUAUUUCAGAUGUAAUUCCAACUGUUAAAAAGAUUUAAAACUUAUUUACGAAAGUAUGAAGUGUCUUUUAUAAAAACCAUGGGCCUGCACAUCCAUGGAUUCAUGCACACAUAAAUAUACACACUUAAAUUGAAACAGAAAUAAGAGGAGUUUUCUCUUGAUUUUUUGGGUGAAAUUUUUCAUCAUUUUUUGCUUAUAGUGUAUUCAGUCUCUUUGGGUCAAACUAAUAUAUAAAUUGUACUUGAUUUAGUUUGUCAAAAUUAGUCUAUCUUAGGCUUUAAAACAAGUGGUAAAACAUGUAAGGAUACAUUGGCCCCUUCAUUCCAAUAUCUAUUAAAUACUUAUGGUCAAAAAUAUAAUUUUGCUCUCCUAAAUUUAGACAUUUAGACAUUAAAAAAUAUGAUUGAGUUUGUUUACUCCACUAAUAAACUAAUAAUCUACAAGGAUUCAAGAGUUGAAAAUUUAUUACUGGUACACACUACUUGAACAGAAUUAGAUAAAAAAAAAUAUGGAUUGCUGCAGAAAACACUUGAAACAUUAGUGGAAAAUUAACAAUCACCAAAAAAGGUGAAAAAAAAAAGCCAUGUUUUUAAGCAAGAAUAUUUCACCAAAUAUCAUGACCAAGAGCACACAUUGGAUGCAUCUCCCCCAAAUUAAGGCACAGAAAAGAGGCCGGCCAGGCCUCCCAGAUCUCACCACUGCACAGAAUGCCUGAGUGGGGACCAUUACAAGAAGAGGGAAAGAAAAAAAAUGUCAAAGACCUGGGUAUGUUAAAUUCAGGGAUGAAAGGUGUUCACUGAAGCAGAACUUAAAGCAAUAUACUAAAAAUAAUACUCCUUUCUUUAGUGGCACAGAUUUUCUCCCAUUGGUCUCGUUUUCAAAAAUUUUACCAACUAUUUAUGCCUAUGAACACGUGACUUCCAUGUAUAGGUCCUUUGAUCCCGGUAUACAGAGGCUGACAGUGCAUGCAGAAGCAGUCCCUAAAACAACCUCUGCUGCCCAACUGUCCUGACACCAUGGGGCCCACACUCAUCUCCAACCCAUGCCUGUUGUGAAGCCCAGGAGGAUGCGCCCAGGGGUCCUCACAGGCUCCACAUCACUGGGACACCAUGAGAUGGAAUCUACAUGGAGAGAGACUGAGGGAAGGCCUGGGGAGUGUGGACACACACAGCUCAGGUGGACACGUCAGAGUCAGAGAAGAUGAGCGAGUCCAAGAAGGGCACAGCAGGAGGGAGAGAUGGAAAAACAACCAACAAUAUGACUUUACCUGACAAACAGCCAUGCCUGACUCCUCCCUUCCUCCUUCUUCCUCAGACAAGAUCAGUCUUGAGAGUCCUGAGUCCUGAGGGUCAAGAAUAUGCAGCUGAAUGCUUAGAAUCAAUCUCUGUCCUUCCUGUACCACAACCUCACACAGGAAGACCUCUCCCUGGGGAGAUAACUAGUCCCUGCUGCCACUGCCACAGGAGGAGACUCAGGGACCAUGAACCCCUCCAGACACCGACACAAUUCAGUGGCAUUGAGCGUAUGCACACUCUGUUGCACAACUAUCACCACCAUCCAUUUCCAGGACUCUUUCCAUCCAGCAAAUUGUGCCUGGCAAUUGAUGGGCAGGAGCAACCCCCCACCAACCCCAUUCUAAGCAGUUCUGAGAAAGGACAACGCUCCUGACCUUGAGGAGGAAAAGGGAAAUUAGGAUCCUCGACCCUGAGCAGAUCAACUGCUAGAAGGCAAAGCCCUCACCCAAGAUGCAGCUGUUCCCUGUGAUGUGCUCAGCAAGGACAACCCAGGAACUGGCAGAGGGCAGUGAUACCACAGAUUUUCUUCUUCUGCUUGUACGAAAAAGAAGAUCCCAUCCUGCUCAGCAACAAACGCACUAACCACCACUUGCAGCCACUGAAAAACCGCCACCAACUCUUGCUCUUCUCCAAUUAAAGCAAUCCUCCCCAAUUUCCAUCUAAAAAUAAAAGGCUGACCUUCCUUUUCUCUCCCCACUCGCCUACGAUGGUUCACCACUCCAUGCACGUCCCGAACUGCAAUUCCUCUGCUUCUUCCAGAAUAAACUCAUCUUGCUAGUAAAGUGA